CUUACUCAUUCCACGAAUAUAAAAUAAAUCUCCCUUGUAAAUAUAUUUUCUCUUUGAUGAAUUCCUUUUUAUGGGUUGGAAUUAUAACGACGGCUCUUCUUUGUAAUACAUAAGUUAAAUCCUCGAAAAUGGAUCACCUUAAUGGAAUACUCAAAAUCAUAUAAUUAAUUAAUUUUACAAGGUAAUAAAUACAAUAAUUUGUUUACAAUUUAAUUACUAUUUUAAAUUUUAUUUGCGGCAUCGUGCAAAAUUAUCCGAUAAUUACAUACUGGGCCGAAAUAUUUAUUGCUGACAUGACGCACAGCAGGGUCAUGUCAAAUCAUUAUUCGAUGCAAAUUCUAUUAAAACGAGAGAUACGACGAUAAAGUAAAUAAAUUGCUGAGUGAGGAUGAGGACAUCUUAGUUUUCAUUUGACAAGCAGACAAUAUUUACAUGACAAAAUUAUGAUUUCACAAUGUGGAUUAAUUAUCUCAUUUUUGCUUCUCAUAGACCUGAUUACAUGCGCCCAAGCAAGCCAACAACCGAAAACCACUUUUACUCCAAGAAUUGCAGCAGAGUUAUCAAGAGAGAUCGCAUUUGAACUGUAUCAUGCCAGAAACACGGAGACGAAUAAUGUCGACGAUGUCACACCGACUGGCAAAAAAGAUAAGAUAUCCUGGGAAUUUAAUACAGUUGCCAUUUUAGAAGUUGAUGGAGACCUCUAUAUUUCUGCAUCCAUCUUCUCAACAAAGACAACGCAAAAGCGAGAAGAACCUGGAGAACAUUUUGGCUUAGAUGAAGUGGAUAUGGCAAUUGCCUUAAAAGUUAUAAGACAGGCCAAGGAAAUGUCACGAUUUGGCGGAAAAAUUAACUUUGUCAAUCAAAAUCAAAAACCCAAAAGUAUUUACCAGAGCACAGGAGUUCACGCGGAACCACAGUUAAUUAGCCAUUUAAUAAAAUCCUCGAACGCCGGACAGCCACCUAAGAAAGAUAUUCUCGUUCUUGGAGUGAAUAAACCCGUUUGUAAUAAAUGUGCAACUUCCCUCCCGGCCGCAAUUGAAGAUGUAUUUAAUGGGGAUUUGGAAGUUGGAUACAUCGACAUUAAAUAUGGUACCCCAAAAACGGAGCGCUUGUCAAAAAUAUAUGAGAAAUCCGAGAAGAUUGAAAAAUAUCCGGCCAAAUACAAGCAACCACGUAAUAUUACAACAAAUCUUCAUGUAGGAGUAACAGUGAAGGGGAUAGAUGAGCUUUUUAAAAAUAGUUAUAAAAAAGAAUGCCCGAACUGCGAAGAAUUAUAUGGAUUUAUCAAGGGUUUAAGGGGGAAGAAGAAAAAAAAUGCGAGAAUUGUCUAAUUUCUUUUCAAAUAUAAAAUAUAACGAUGGCAAGAAAUCGGAGGCACGUGAGAAAGCACGUAAGAAAGCACGCAAGUACUAUCGAGAGAGAAGAAAACAAACUAGCAGAGAAAAUACAAGAGAGUUGUGCAAUGAAUGUUUACAAGGGUUAAAUAUAAAAAGGAAUACGGCCAACAAUUUAAAUCGGUAUUCUCGAGCAUGUUUAAAGCAGACCGUAAUGAACAAAAGAAAUAAACAGAUUUGGGCACG